GCCCCCGGGCCCGAGCAGCAGCGCCCGCGGCCCCGGCCCGUGUCGCCGCAGCCAGCGCAAGGUUCAUACUUUGGAAACAAAAGAUCUAAUGCAGAAAACACAUUUGCAUCAGAUAUUACUUUUGGUACAAGCUCAUCUUCUGCACGAGAUAGUAAUUAUCCUCAAAUACUAAAAACACCAUUAUUUGCUGGGAAUCCUCAGAGAUCAGGUUAUAAAAGUUGGACACCACAAAUGGGAUAUUCAGCUACAUCAUCAUCUGCAGUUUCAACACACUCCCCAUCAGUUAUUGUAGCUGUUGUAGAAGGUAGAGGACAUGCCAGAGGUGAAAUCGGAAUGGCAAGUAUUGAUUUAAGAAGCCCACAAAUUAUAUUAUCUCAGUUUGCAGAUAACACAACAUAUGCAAAGGUGAUCACUAAACUCAAAAUUUUAUCACCUUUGGAAAUAAUAAUGUCAAAUACUGCUUGUGUUGUGGGGAAUUCAACUAAGUUGUUUACUCUGAUCACAGAAAAUUUCAAGAAUGUUAAUUUUACUACUAUCCAAAGGAAAUACUUCAAUGAAACAAAAGGACUAGAGUACAUUGAACAGUUAUGCAUAACAGAAUUCAGCACUGUCCUAAUGGAGGUCCAGUCCAAGUAUUACUGCCUUGCAGCUGUUGCAGCUUUAUUAAAAUAUGUUGAAUUUAUUCAAAAUUCAGUUUAUGCACCAAAAUCGCUGAAGAUUUGUUUCCAGGGUAGUGAACAGACAGCCAUGAUAGAUUCAUCAUCAGCCCAGAACCUUGAAUUACUAAUUAAUAAUCAAGACUGUAGGAAUAAUCAUACGCUCUUUGGUGUUUUAAAUUAUACUAAGACUCCUGGAGGAAGUAGAAGACUUCGUUCUAAUAUAUUAGAACCUCUAGUUGAUAUUGAAACCAUUAACAUGAGAUUAGAUUGUGUUCAAGAACUACUUCAAGAUGAGGAACUCUUUUUCGGACUUCAGUCAGUUAUAUCAAGAUUUCUUGAUACAGAGCAGCUUCUUUCUGUUUUAGUCCAAAUUCCAAAGCAGGACACGGUUAAUGCAGCUGAAUCAAAGAUAACGAAUUUAAUAUACCUAAAACAUACCUUGGAACUUGUGGAUCCUCUAAAGAUUGCUCUGAAGAACUACAACACACCUUUAUUAAGAGCUUACUGUGGUUCCUUGGAAGAUAAAAGGUUUGGAAUCAUACUUGAAAAGAUUAAAACAGUAAUUAAUGAUGACACAAGAUACAUGAAAGGAUGCCUAAACAUGAGGACUCAGAAGUGCUAUGCAGUGAGAUCCAACAUCAAUGAAUUUCUUGACAUAGCUAGAAGAACAUAUACAGAGAUUGUAGAUGACAUAGCAGGAAUGAUAUCACAGCUUGCAGAAAAAUAUAAUCUUCCUUUGAGGACAAGUUUUAGCUCUGCUCGAGGAUUUUUCAUCCAGAUGACUAUAGAUUGUACAGCCCUACCAAAUAAUCAACUUCCUUCAGAAUUUAUUAAGCAGAUAUCCAAAGUGAAAAGUUCUUACACCUUUACAUCAGCAGACUUAAUUAAAAUGAAUGAAAGAUGUCAAGAAUCUUUGAGAGAAAUCUAUCACAUGACUUAUAUGAUUGUGUGCAAACUGCUUAGUGAGAUUUAUGAACAUAUUCAUUGCUUAUAUAAACUAUCUGACACUGUGUCAAUGCUGGAUAUGCUACUGUCAUUUGCUCAUGCCUGCACUCUUUCUGACUAUGUUCGGCCAGAAUUUACUGAUACUUUAGCAAUCAAGCAGGGAUGGCAUCCCAUUCUUGAAAAAAUAUCUGUUGAAAAACCUAUUGCCAACAAUACCUAUAUAACAGAAGGAAGUAAUUUUUUGAUCAUAACUGGACCUAAUAUGAGUGGGAAAUCCACAUAUUUAAAACAGAUUGCUCUUUGUCAGAUUAUGGCCCAGAUUGGAUCAUAUGUUCCAGCAGAAUAUUCUUCCUUUAGAAUUGCUGAACAGAUUUUUACAAGAAUCAGUACCGAUGAUGAUAUUGAAACAAAUUCAUCAACAUUCAUGAAGGAAAUGAAAGAGAUAGCAUAUAUUCUACAUAAUGCUAAUAACAAAUCACUCAUAUUAAUUGAUGAACUUGGCAGAGGUACCAGUACAGAAGAAGGUAUUGGCAUUUGUUACGCUGUUUGUGAAUAUCUGCUGAGCUUAAAGGCAUUUACACUGUUUGCUACGCAUUUCCUGGAACUAUGUCAUAUAGAGGCCCUGUAUCCUAAUGUAGAAAACAUGCAUUUUGAAGUUCAGCAUGUAAAAGACACUUCAAGAAAUAAAGAAGCAAUCUUGUAUACCUACAAACUUUGUAAGGGACUCACAGAAGAGAAAAAUUAUGGAUUAAAAGCUGCAGAGGUGUCAUCACUCCCACCAUCAAUUGUCUUGGAUGCCAAAGAGAUCACAGCUCAAAUUACCAGACAAAUUUUGCAAAACCAAAGGAGUACCCCUGAGAUGGAAAGACAGAGAGCUGUGUACCAUCUAGCUACUAGACUUGUUCAAACUGCUCGAAAUUCUCAAUUGGAUCCAGACAGUUUACGAAUGUAUUUAAGUAAUCUCAAAAAGAAGUAUGAAACAGAUUUUUCCAGGGCUGAACAAGUUUCACGAAAGACUGAAGAAUGACAAUUCACAUCAUGUAAUAAUGAAAUAAUAUAUCUCAAUAUGGGGAAGCUAGAAUUCAUUUUUCCUAAGAGCAAAAGAAAAUACUUGCUAAAUUUUAUAUCUUAAUGGAAAAUUACAUUAUAUUAACCUCAUAAUUAUCUAUAUAUUGUGUAUAAGAAAAUAUUUGUUAUAACUUAACAUGAGAACCAUUAAAAGGACUGAUUUUUAUGUUAGAACAAUGUCAGUGUAACAUGACAGUUUUUUUCUUAUUUAUGAAAAUUCAUAUUAAGUCUUAGGUGUAUUUAUACUUACAAGUUAUGGUUUAAAAUGUUAUUGUAAAUACCUUAGUUUAAAAAUAUUUUUUUUCCAAUCAUAGGUGAGUUCUUUUUACACUCUCUUCUGAAGCAGUAAGACCCUAUGACUCAAUAAUUUCUUAAUUAGUACCCCAGAAUUCCAUGCGUAUGAAGUUUGUUAGAACAGUACUGGAAACUUUAGACUAUUCUUUUUGACAUUGAGUAUAGUUCUAAAGGGUGAUAAUAAACAGAUAUUUUGUAAUUCAGAAAAUGUUUUUUGGAAGGGGGAGUUGUCAUCACCCACUCUUUCAGUUUUCCAAAUACCAGGCAUUCCAUUUUCUACUCACCAAACUCUUUUCCAUGUUUCAUUUUUGGUCAUCUUUUUUAGGCGAGUAACCAAAGCAGCCAAAAGAUAAUAUUGAUUCAUUUGGCUCAGGAAGCAUUUUAUAGAACUGUUUUCCAUAGGCAUGUGGAUUAUACCACCAUUUCAGAGUUUACCUGAAGGUCAUUCUUGUUUCAUAAGUGGACAUAAGAAAAUGGAAGACAAUCAGUUAGUUGGUCAGUAACUGUAAAGAGCAGGGCUGU